AUCAAAACACCAACAACGGUCUUCCAUUUUCAAGGCCUAAAUUUAUUCAACUACAGCGUCAUCCACCAUGAGUCAUCACCAUGGACACGGACAUGGCCAUGGCCACGGUCUUCUGGGAAACAUCUUCGGUGGAGGCCAUCAUCACGAAAGCCACCAGGCUGCUCAUCAUGGCGGUCAUCAUGCUGAUCCACAUCACCACGUUGACCAGCAUCACCACGUAGAUCCCCAUCACCACGUUGACCCGCAUCACCACGUAGAUCCCCAUCACCACGUUGACCCGCAUCACCACGUAGAUCCACAUCACCACGUGGACCCACACCACCAUACCCCUGUGCAUCAUGACGUGCACCAUCAUCCUCCCCCACACCACGCCCCCCACCAUCACGGCCAUCAUCACUGAACACGUGACGACUGGAUCAGGUUGAAAGCACCUUGCGAUAAUUGAUUGAUAAACCAGCACCCGUCAACUUGAAAUCACUACAG